AUGGUUGACGUUCCACGCAACUUCCGUCUGUUGGAAGAGCUUGAAGAAGGACAGAAGGGCAAAGGCGAUGGAAAUAUUUCUUGGGGAUUGGAGGAUGACAGCGAUAUGACACUCACCAGAUGGACUGGUUCAAUCAUUGGCCCACCACGGACUCCAUACGAAUCACGUAUCUAUAAUCUUCAAAUCCAGUGCGGAGCCAACUAUCCACGAGAGCCACCAACUGUUCGUUUCACCACCAAAGUUCACAUGGUCGGCGUAAAUCAAAGCAACGGAGUGAUCGAGAAACGAAAUCUGGCAACUCUUCGUAACUGGAGCAACUCCUACAUGAUCAAAAAUGUGCUCGAAGACAUCCGUAAAAACAUGAUGAUGGCCAAAGAGAAUCUGAAAUUGCAACAGCCAGCUGAAGGCGCAAUGUUCUGA